GCGGGCCGCGCGGCGCCUGCUGGACGACGAGGAGCGGCUCACGGCGCGGACGCUGCUCCUCAGCCAGCGCGAGCUGCCCGCCUGGGUCAGUUUCCCGGAUGUGGAAAAGGCGGAGUGGCUGAACAAGAUCGUGGCCCAGGUCUGGCCCUUCCUUGGCCAGUAUAUGGAGAAGCUUCUGGCUGAAACUGUGGCCCCUGCGGUUCGUGGCUCUAACCCCCACCUGCAGACGUUCACAUUCACGCGGGUGGAACUGGGUGAAAAGCCCUUGCGCAUCCUCGGGGUCAAGGUUCACACUGGUCAGAGAAAAGACCAGAUCCUGCUGGACUUGAGCGUCAGCUAUGUAGGUGAUGUGCAGAUCGAUGUGGAAGUGAAGAAGUAUUUCUGCAAAGCCGGACUCAAGGGCAUGCAGCUACAUGGUGUCUUGCGGGUGAUUCUUGAGCCACUCGUUGGGGAUCUCCCUAUUGUGGGGGCUGUGUCCAUGUUCUUUAUCAGACGCCCGACCCUCGAUAUCAACUGGACGGGGAUGACCAACUUGCUCGAUAUCCCAGGACUCAGCUCACUCUCUGACACCAUGAUCAUGGACUCCAUUGCCGCCUUCCUCGUGCUGCCCAACCGGCUCCUGGUGCCGCUCGUGCCCGAUCUCCAAGACGUGGCCCAGCUGCGUUCUCCUCUUCCCCGGGGCAUUAUUCGGAUCCACCUGCUGGCUGCUCGAGGGCUAAGCUCCAAGGACAAAUAUGUGAAGGGCCUGAUUGAGGGCAAGUCAGACCCCUAUGCGCUCGUGCGCGUGGGCACCCAGACAUUCUGCAGUCGUGUCAUUGAUGAGGAUCUCAACCCCCAGUGGGGAGAGACAUAUGAGGUGAUGGUACACGAGGUGCCAGGGCAGGAGAUCGAGGUGGAGGUGUUUGACAAGGAUCCUGACAAAGAUGACUUUCUGGGCAGAAUGAAGCUGGACGUAGGGAAGGUGUUGCAGGCUGGAGUGCUGGAUGAUUGGUUCCUUCUCCAAGGAGGGCAAGGCCAAGUUCACUUAAGGUUGGAAUGGCUGUCGCUUUUGCCAGAUGCAGGAAAACUGGAGCAGGUUCUACAGUGGAAUCGCGGCGUCUCCUCCCGGCCAGAGCCCCCAUCAGCAGCCAUCUUAGUGGUCUAUCUGGAUCGGGCCCAGGAUCUCCCUCUAAAGAAGGGAAACAAGGAACCAAACCCCAUGGUGCAGCUGUCAAUUCAGGACGUGACUCGGGAGAGCAAGGCGGUCUACAGCACCAACUGCCCCGUGUGGGAGGAGGCCUUCCGGUUCUUCCUGCAAGACCCUCGAAGCCAGGAGCUUGAGGUGCAGGUGAAGGAUGACUCUAGGGCCCUGACACUCGGGGCUCUGACCCUGCCGCUGGCUCGCCUGCUGACUGCCUCUGAGCUCACCCUGGACCAGUGGUUCCAGCUCAGCAGCUCUGGCCUAAAUUCCAGGCUCUACAUGAAACUGGUCAUGCGGGUCUUGUACUUGGAUUCCUCUGACGUGCGCUUCCCCACUGACCCCGGGACCCUCGGUGCUUGGGAUGCGGACAGCGAGAGCUCCCAGAAGGGCAGCAGCGUGGACGCCCCACCGCGACCCAGUCUCACUACUCCUGACGGUCACUUUGGAACUGAGAAUGUGCUUCGGAUCCACGUGUUAGAGGCCCAGGACCUGAUUGCCAAAGACCGUUUCCUGGGGGGACUGGUGAAGGGCAAGUCAGACCCUUACGUCAAACUAAAGCUGGCAGGUCGAAGCUUCCGGAGCCGUGUCGUUCGGGAAGACCUCAAUCCCCACUGGAAUGAGGUUUUUGAGGUGAUCGUCACAUCAAUUCCAGGCCAAGAGCUAGACAUUGAGGUUUUUGACAAGGACCUAGACAAGGACGACUUUCUGGGCAGGUGUAAAGUGAGCCUCACCACAGUCCUGAACAGCGGCUUCCUUGAUGAGUGGCUGACGCUGGAGGACGUCCCGUCUGGCCGCCUGCACUUGCGCCUGGAACGUCUGAGCCCCCGUCCCACUGCUGCGGAGUUAGAGGAGGUGCUGCAGGUGAACAGUUUGAUCCAGACGCAGAAGAGUGCGGAGCUGGCGGCGGCCCUGCUGUCCGUCUACCUGGAGCGGGCUGAGGACCUGCCGCUCCGGAAAGGCACCAAGCCUCCCAGCUCUUACGCUACCCUCACCGUGGGAGACACUUCUCACAAGACUAAGACGGUGGCCCAGACCGCAGCUCCCAUCUGGGACGAGAGCGCCUCCUUCCUCGUCAGGAAACCGAACGCGGAGAGCCUGGAGCUGCAGGUUCGGGGCGAGGGGACGGGCACGCUGGGCUCGUUAUCCCUGCCCCUCUCGGAGCUCCUCGGGGCCGACCAGCUCUGCCUGGACCGCUGGUUUUCGCUCAGCAACGGGCAAGGACAGGUGCUCCUGAGAGCACAGUUGGGGAUCCUGGUGUCCCAGCACUCGGGCGUGGAGGCGCACAGCCACACCUACAGCCACAGCUCCUCAACUCUCAGUGAAGAGCCAGAGCUCUGGGGGGGGCUCUCUCACAUCACAUCCUCGGCCCCGGAGCUCCGGCAGCGCCUGACGCACGGCGACAGUCCGCCGGAGGCUCCGGCCGGGCCUCUGGGCCAGGUGAAGCUCACCGUCUGGUACUACAGCGAGGAGCGGAAGCUGGUCAGCAUCGUUCACGGCUGCCGGGUCCUUCGACAAAGCGGACGGGACCCCCCCGACCCCUACGUGUCACUGUUGCUGCCGCCAGACAAGAACCGGGGCACGAAGAGGAAGACCUCCCAGAAGAAAAGGACCUUAAAUCCCGAAUUCAACGAACGGUUUGAGUGGGAACUGCCCCUGGAUGAGGCCCUCCGGCGAAAGCUGGACGUCUCUGUGAAGUCUAACUCCUCCUUCAUGUCCAGAGAACGUGAGCUGCUGGGGAAGGUGCAGCUGGACCUCGCGGAGAUAGACCUUUCCCAGGGCGCGGCCCAGUGGUAUGACCUCACCGAUGACAAGGAGAAGGGCAGCUCCUAGGAGCCAGGGGUUACCAGCCUGAUGCUGUCACCUUGCCUUGCCUCUCGCUGCAUCACCGCCUCAAUGUGAAUGAGCCUAAAGCUAAGGCUCCUGGGGGAGCCUGCGCCCCUCAGCCCGCUCACCUCCCAGGCCCACAUGGGGUCUCUGACCUAGCCAAAGAAACUGCACAGCCUUUACCCUCCCGGGCUCUGGAGCAGGGGCCUGAGCUGGCCGCUCCCACCUGCCUGCGCCCUUUCUCCCGUCCUCCCAACUCCUCAGGGCCUUCCGCGCCUGUGCCUGGCCACUGGCAGCACUAGCAGUGGCAUCAGCUUAUGCCAAAUACAGCUUUUGGGAGUAUUUUUUCUUUCACUGGACAGUCUCCCCUACUGGGAACAGCCGGGCAGGAAAGCCGUGGGUGGGGAGCUGCGCGGGCGGCGCGGCCCGGCCCCUCGUCCAGGUGCCUCCCACCCUCCUCAAGCCUGUCCUGAAAGCUGCACCUGCCGCGGUGACGGGGCAGCCUCGUGACUCACUCUGGGACGGGGGGACACGUCUCCCCCUUCAAGUAGCCGAGACCAACUUCUAACCUGUGCCGCAGUCGUGGAGGACUCGGGCCAGCCGGGUCGUUUUUUGUCCAAGUGCCUUGGCUGUUCACUCACUGACUAGAACUGAGUCUCUUCAUCUUGCAAAACUCUGCCAUUCCACUGUAUCGGAAACAUGCUCAGCCACAUUCUACUCAGCCGCCUGUGUCUCUCUUCCUUAGGGACAGGGAAUCCAGUCUCCCCAUCAAAUGUGUGCUAUUGUUGUUUUUUUGAAGGUUUAUUUAUGCAUACAAGAACUGGUGUGCAGGCCAGAGUGGGUGGGGGUGUUUACCAGAGACAGAGUGGGGAGCAGAACAGGCAGAUCUACUGAAAUCCACUGCUGAGGGGAGCAGUGGGGAGACAGGAGAGGUCUGCCGCACCAUGUGGGUCAGCUCCCUGGCCGGGGAUGGAACUCUUGCUGCAGUGGCUGCAGACAGCUUCUUAGUGCUGCAUCUUAACCCCUUGUGCCACCAGGGAGGCCUGAAUCACAUCAGUUUUAAUUGGUGGUCGCAAUCUACUGUGGUUGCAGACACUGAGACCAUUGCAGGGCCUCCCUAGAGGUGCAGGGGUUAAGUCUGCAGUGUAUUUCAAUCUACCGGUUCUGCUCCCCACUCUGUCUCUGGUGAAUCCUCUCACUCCCCACACCUCUGGCCUGUACCCCAGCUCUUACAUGCAUAAAUCAAUCUUUAAAAAAAAUGUCCUAAAGAACUCAAAAUCCAGGAAGGAACAGUGAUCAGGCGCAUGAAUAACUAUUAAUACGACACAUAAUUGAACAUAAGGAAGGUACAGGGAAUCCCAGGGCUCGCUGACUGCCCUGACUCUCUCCUCGGCUCCUCUCCCUCCCUCUCAAACCUUUCUGCAAACCUAGUUCUACGUGACACUUCCCACCCAUGCCCAUGCUACUGUCUGUACCCAUAUUUAUACAAAGCUCACUCUGGCCUCCCCUGAAACCUGGCUCACCUCCCAGGAGACCUUAUUCACCUAGUGCAACCUCUAGCGGCGAAUGUUUCUGAAUUUCAUAUACUAUUCUGGGAGGUGGGAUCUGCAUUGUUUUGGGGCCCCAAUCCUGUUUCCCAAUUGUUACUGUCAGUAAAAAUCUCAGUUGUUUUGGAAAUGAUGCCCACCUGGUAGACUCUCUCUGCCUUCUCUCAGCGCUGCCAUUCCUUCCUACGUGGACGCGCAGCAUUUACUGAAGGGUCUGGCGCCCUGACCGCUGCUAUUGUUCUGUUGGCUUCAGUGUACACAGUGAGUCAUUCAAUAAACAGCAGCACAGUUCCUCAUUGUGGACACUGCUGUUUUCUUCCCCAUGCCCUUUCCACUCCGCCCCAGUUAGCUGGAGUCCAGCCACCCCCGGGGGCAGGAACACAUCCCUGGAGGCCUCAUCAACCCUCCUUGCCCCAGGACUUGGCCAAUCAAGGCCUGGUAUUUCCUGGCCCACAGCGCCUACUUUGAGGGUGGAUGGGGCGUGCGUUUCUCUAAGUUGGUCUAGUCAAAGAGAAGAAUCGAGUCUAGUGGUCAAGAGACGCUCACUCUCUUCCUCUUGUGGUUUGUGAUCGCGGAACCACUGGACCUGAGCCACAUCUGGCUCCUGGAGGGGACCCGGGAAGCUAACAAACAAACAGUAGCAAGAGAAUUAGAAACUACCCUGAACUUCUGGA